AAUAAUAUUUCAGAGAUAAAGAUGAAUACUAUCCCUCACUGCAGUUUGAUAAAUCUUACCUCUGCUCCUUCUUCAUGGAUUUUGGACCUUAUUUUGCACCCAGAACAGUCGCCCGAGCAACAGAAUACAAUCCCGUUUAAAAUUCAAACCAAGUACUUCAAUGCUGAUAUUCAUUUGAAUCAUUUUCAUUACUCGGAACACUGGGAGACUGAAGAUUCGGAGAAAUUCAAUAGAACCGAAGCCCUUCUCCUAUAUUGUGAGGGAACAAAGGAAAGUUUUGCGAAAGCUGAAAAGGUUUGGGAGAAAAUGAAAGAGUUUUCACCUCCUGUAUGUUUGUGUAUCAUAGAUUCCACGAGAGAAGAAGUAGAACAGGAACAUGAAAUAUCUCGAACUGGAAUAUUGUCCUGGUGUUUAAACAACCAGUUUGAACUGAUAGAGUGUGACGAGGAGAUUGAUGAAUGCGGAGAGAUAGAAGAUAAGGUUGGAAAAGAUAGAAUCCUGGAAGCUCUUAAAUCUCACACUUGGAGUAACAUGGAGUUGAUCGAGAACUCUAAAUCUGGUACAGGUGCUGAGGAUGAGAAACCGAAGCCUAACUUAGAAGCAAAUAUGGAUUCAUUUGAAAGCCUGUUUGCUCAAUUGGCGAGUAUGAAGGAGAAGUCUUCUAACCUGUCACCGGCUGAUCGCAAGCUCUAUGCAGAACAGGUUGCGAUGUCGUUCUACGCAGCAAUGGGGAGCAGUGAUGACGAAUUUGACGAUGUAAACGAUGUAUAAUGUUUUAGA